CAUUCUUGAUCGGCAAACAGAAAUUGCGUGUCCGUGUAAGAAAUGUCAUAAUUUGGCUAGAAAAAACAUAGAUUUAGUAAAGCAACAUCUUGUCAUGAAUGGAUUUACUCCAAGUUACACCGUUUGGAUUUUCCAUGGGGAAAAAUCACAGCCUACAAAUUGUGGUGUUGAAAAUAGUGGAUGUGGCAAUUUUAAUGGGCAAGAUGAGAUGCAAGAAAUGGUGCGUGAUGCAUUUGGAAUUCCACCAAUUCAAGCCCAUGAUAUUGAUCUUGAUCCACCUCUGGGUGAUGGACAUAAUCUUGAUGAAGAAACUACCAAGUUUUUUAAGCUUUUGAAGGAAGCUGAGAGAGAGUUAUACCCAGGGGGUCAAAAGUUCUCAUUGCUCUCAUUCAUUGUGGCAUUGAUGCACAUUAAGUCCCUAUGUGGUUGGAGUAACAAGUCUUUUACCAUGUUGCUUAAGCUGUUGAAGAAAGUCUUGCCUGAAGGUGAAAUAUUGCCUAAUUCUUAUACUGCGAGUAGACAAUUAUUGGGUGGUUUGAGCCUUGAGUAUCAUAAAGUUCAUGCAUGCCCUAGAGAUUGCAUGUUGUAUUGGGGUGAAGAUGCAAAGCGAGUUGAUUGUAAAGUCUGCAAUGUUCCUAGAUAUAAGCCAGAGGAGAAAAUAGAUGGAUCUAAAAAAGGAGGCAAAAUUCCGCAAAAGAUUGUUAGGUACUUACCAUUGAUACCUAAGCUAAAAAGAUUGUACUCGUCCAAAAAGACGGCUGGCUUAAUGAGAUGGCAUGCAGAGAACCCAGCUCCUAUUGGCAUUUCGAGGCAUCCUGUUGACUCUGAUAUAUGGAAACUCUAUGAUAACCUCCAUCCGGAUUUUGCUCAAGAUCCUCGCAAUGUUAGGCUUGGUUUAGCAUCUGAUGGCUUUAACCCAUAUCGUACAAUGAACACCACUUAUAGCAUUUGGCCUGUGGUGAUGAUGACAUACAAUUUACCACCUUGGUUGUGCAUGAAACAACCUUACAUGAUGUUGACACUACUUAUUGAUGGACCAACGUCACCGGGAAAUAAUAUUGAUGUAUAUUUGAGGCUUAUAGUAGACGAGAUGGAGUUGUGGGACAUAGGUGUUAACACUUAUGAUGCAUUUGGCAAUGAGAUGUUCAAAAUGCGAGCAUUAAUGUUGUGGACAAUUAAUGAUUUGCCUGCAUUAGCUAUGUUGUCGGGCUGGAGUACAAAGGGUUAUCUUGCUUGUCCAGUUUGUCUUGAUGAAACUUGUUCACGUUGGUUAGUUCACGGGAAAAAGGUAUGUUAUUUGGGACAUCGUAGAUGGUUGGAUAAGGACCAUAAAUUUUGAUAUGAGCGCAUGUCUUUUGAUGGGACCGUUGAACUUCGUCCUUGUCCAACUUGUUUAUCUAGUCGUGAAGUCUUAGCAAUGUUUCCCACUAACUAUGUGAAUAAAUUUGGAAAGGAGGGGGAUGAGGAUUUACCUGUUACAAAAAAAAGAAAGACACGCGAUGGAGAAGAUGAAGAUGAUUUACAAGGUAAUUGGAAGAAAAAGAGCAUUUUCUUUGAUCUAUCGACUUGGGAGGAAAAUCCGCUUCGACACAAUCUUGAUGUGAUGCAUAUUUAGAAAAAUUUGUGUGAAAGCUUGGUCGGGACAGUAAUGGAUCUUGAUGGCAAAGGGAAGGACAACUUAAAUGCGCGUCGUGACCUUCAACUAAUGGAGAUUCGAAAGGCGAUGCAUCUCCAAAUUCUAGAUGGUGGCAAAGUGUAUCUGCCUCAUGCAUGCUUUGCAAUGAACAAUAUGGAGAAAACUAUUUUCUGCAAUUUUUUGAAGAAUGUGAAAGUUCCAGAUGGCUAUGCUUCUAACAUUUCACGUUGUGUUAAUGUAAAAAAGCAAACCAUAUCUGGACUAAAGAGUCACGACUAUCAUAUAUUGAUGGAGCAAUUUCUUUCAAUUGCAGUAAGCAGAACACUUCCAAAGAAAGUGAGUAAGCCAGUGAUAGAGCUAUGUAAUUUUUUUAGGCAAUUUUGUUCGAAAGUUCUAAAGGUUGAUGACUUGGAUAACCUUCAAUCUCGAAUAGUGCUCACUUUAUGUCAGCUUGAAAAAAUAUUUCCUCCAUCCUUUUUUGACAUAAUGGAGCACUUGAUUGUUCAUUUAGUUGAGGAGGUAAAGCUGGGUGGUUUGGUGCGGUUCCGAUGGAUGUAUUAUGUCGAAAGGUACCUUAUGACACUUAAGAGAUAUGUGCGUAAUCAAGCUCGUCCGGAGUGUUCUAUUGUAGAGGGGUACUUCGUUGAAGAAUGCAUGACAUUCUGUUCUAGGUACUUGGAUGAUGUUGAAUCCAAGUUAAAUCGACCUCUGAGGAAUGAUGAUGGAGGUGAUGCGGGUCAAGUAGGGGGCCGUCCUUUAGGAAAGCAAGAAAAGUUUUCUCUUAAUCUCCUACAAAAGACACAGGCUCAUCGAUAUAUCAUAUUUAACACUGAAUCCAUCACUCCGUAUCGAGAGAAGCACUGUAAAUUUCUUAAACAACGUAAUCGUUGGAUUCGAGAUCGUGAACUUGAACUCCUUCACCAUGAAACAUUUCCCAUUUGGUUUCGAACCCACGUAAGUCAUGUAUUUUAGUACUACUAUAGAAAUCAAAUCCUUAAUGACAAUUUUGAGUAUUCAUUUUAUAUAAUUUCUCUUAUAAGUCCACAAGUUACAACUUAAGGGGUCCGAAGAAGUAUUAGAUGAGGUUGCAAUUCUGGGGUUGGGUCCUCGUGACACAACAAUUAGAUUUAGUGGCUACAUCAUCAAUGGGGUUAGAUAUCACACCAAAGAGCGUGAGCUUAAAAGGAAAACACAAAACAGUGGAGUUAUGUUGAAGGCAAAGACUAGUAGUUAUUCGAGCGCCAGAGAUAUGAAUCCUCAAGAAGGAGAAGUCACAUAUUACGGAAGGAUCACAGACAUGGUGGAGUUGUAUUAUACACACGACCACAAACAUGUGUUAUUCAAUUGUGAUUGGAUAGAUAACAAUCGGGGUUUAGUACCGAAUGAUGAAUUUGGCUUCACACUUGUUAAUUUCAAUUGUUUGCUCUAUACAACAGAACAUGCCUCCAAUGAACCAUUUAUACUAGCAUCUCAAGCUCAACAAGUUUUUUAUGUGCAAUAUCCAGCCAAAGAAGAUUGGAGGAUUGUAAUCAAAAUGAAACCUAGAGACUUGUUUGAAAUUUGUGAAGUCGGGGAUGGUCACAUAGCAGACAUUGAAGUAGAUGGAAUCUAUCAGCAACAAGAAGAUGAUACAACAUUGCAUGAUGAGGAUAACGUGUGGAUUAGGGAUGAUUUACCUGGCCUAACGCUAAAUGAUGAUGUCAAUACGUAGUAAUUCAGGAAGUGUUAGGUUGCAAGCACGAGAGAAAUUUUAGUUAAUAUCUCUAUGUUAAUAUUAGAUACUUGUCUCUUUUCUAGUAGUUCGAAUAUAUCUAUUGAUGUUAAUAUCUGAUACUUGUCUAUUUUAUUUUAGCAAUUCCAAUUGAAAGGUACGAUUACGGUUACUUGUGUCAUGUCUAUUUCCUUUUAGCAGCAAUUUAAUUUGUAUCAGUAAAUGUUUUAUUUU